GAGCGGGCCAGCCUGCCGCGGGGAGGGUGAGAGCUCUCUCGGCCGCUCACGGAUUUUCACGAAGCAUAUUUGAUACAGAACUGUUUGAGUGGUGUCAGACCUGCAGGACCCUGGAGGCACUUUGCUAAAUUAAGACUCUCCUGCAGAUGGAGGAACUGGAGCAAGGCCUGCUGAUGCAGCCAUGGGCAUGGCUACAGCUUGCUGAGAACUCCCUCCUGGCCAAGGUGUAUAUCACCAGGCAGGGCUAUGCCUUGCUGGUUUCAGAUCUUCAACAGGUGUGGCAUGAACAAGUGGACACUAGUGUGAUCAGCCAGCGAGCCAAGGAGCUGAACAAGCGCCUGACUGCUCCUCCCGAGGCUUUUCUUUAUCAUUUGGAUGAUCUGCUUCGCCCGUUGUUGAAGGAUGCUUCUUGCCCUGGCACGGCUACAUUCUCCUGUGAUUAUGUGGAAGAGGCACUGAUACUACGGGUGCGGAGUGAGCUUUCUGGCCUCCCAUUCUAUUGGAAUUUCCACUGCAUCCUAGCUAGCCCUUCACUGGUCUCCCAACAUUUGAUUCGACCUCUGAUGGGCAUGAGUCUGGCAUUGCAGUGCCAGGUGAGGGACCUAACAACGUUGCUUCAUAUGAAAGAUCUAGAGAUCCAGGACUACCAGGAGAGUGGGGCUACACUCAGCCGAGAUCGGUUGAAGACAGAGCCAUUUGAAGAGAAUUCCUUCUUGGAACGAUUUAUGGUAGAGAAACUACCAGAGGCAUGCAGUAUUGGUGAUGGAAGACCCUUCGCCACAAAUCUGCAGAGUUUGUAUAUGGCAGUCACCAGACAAGCGAUCCAGGUGGGACAGAAGCAUCAUGACGCUGGAGAUCCCCAGACCUCAAGCAGUGCUUUCUCACAUAGAACUGAUAACCAACUUUUGAACCAGGUAGAAGAGCUGGUCUCCUCAACACCAUCCCUCCCAGGACCUGAGACAGAGCCCACAGUUUCUUCAGGCCCUAUGCAGAGACCUCAGCUGUUGAAAGUCAAGAGGAAGAAGCUAAGGGGGCUUUUCAGUUAACUUGUCACCAUCUCAACUGCUGAGGAUGGACUUGGAGAGUAGUUUCCUAGUGUUACCUUGGAAGGAGCUCCUGUGGCAGCAGCAUCUUUGACACAGAGUUAUACAGUCAGAGACUCCACUGUAAGGGCCAGAUAACUAAAGCUCAUGUUGACAGGCAUGGCUACUGUUAACAAGGGAGUCCUGGCUCCAAUCUACUGGGCACUGGCCUUCCUUGUCUGAGUGAAAGACAGUUUCUGGGAAUCCCAUACCCUCUUUUCGUUUAGGGAAGGUUCUCUAGACUUAGGAUCUACUAUGGACUUUAGGUAUAUGGGGCAGGUCAGCAAAAAGGCACAACAUACUAAGGAGGUCUUGCCUAUCUUUCUAGAGUCCUUAGCUACUCCCAGAUGCUCCUCAGAGACACUCUCUUCUCUAGCACAGAAUAAAAAGCACUCACACUCCUGC